UUUAGGAUGUGACGAUGAUACCUUCUCUGAAAUCUCGCGAAACUGAAGACUGGCCAUUUCCUCCCCAUUGAUAGCCGUGUGUUUGUGCUUAGGUGGUGUAACAGAAAGAAACUAUCCGACCUAAUUUUAAUGCAAGUUUUUAUUAGUUUCAGUUUAGUUGUACAGACCCUCGGGUUGAAAAAACACAAAUUAUGUUUGUGUUCACCGUCGAAAAGUUUUCCCGUUGACAUCGAGCUCGGGUAGAUGCCUGUAUAAAUUGUCGUACAAAUGGAAAUGGUGCCCAGCGAAGAGAACCAGCUCGUACCCAAAGAGGUGAGAUUAUCAUAGCCAGUCCCAGAACGGGUUCUGGCAACAACGGGCCCUUAGCAGCAAUCAUCCCUGUGAUAGUCAGUGAUACAAGCAACUUUUUAGAAGUUAGCACAGAAAAGUAGUUGUUGGCAUUAUCUACUGAAGCGUAAAACCGCAAUGACCGAGUUGGCUAACUAACGUUAGCUUUCGUUUAGCUAGUUAGCAAAGACUGCUAGCAUGCUAACCUUAGCUAGCUAGCUACUGUAGCUUUAAGCCCGACUGUUUCGCUCAAAACGGGGUAUUAACGUUUAACUAGGAAACUGUGGUGGACAACAGAGGUAGCCAGGUAGCUACAUGGAAAAUAAAACAAUUGGAGUAAUAUUUUGUCGUUGUUUUUGUUGGCUAGCUUGUUAAUGUCGUUAGACAUUGCUUUGAGGUGCUGCUAACGUUAACUAGUAGCUGGCUAGCUUGUCAAAGCAAAGGCAAACUAGCCAGCUGGACGGCCUCAUCUUGUGGAUGACAAGCUAACUUGCUAGUUUCCGAUCGGGUAAACAAAAGAGUCCUUGUUGCAGGUAACGUUAGCUAGCCAUCUAUUUUUCUAAACAUCAGUCUCACAUGACCUUUGGUUUCAUAGCUAACGGUAAUUAACUAUUUGAUAUGUCUUAUACAAAAAUGUUGCUAUUAGCUAACUUUGAUAAUAUUAGCUAGCUAGUAAUGCUCCAUUUUGCUUAAUACAAUUAGCUCUAACUGUUAAUAGUUAACGAUCUAAACUUUUUUUUAUAUGACACUGUCAGUACCUCCUUGUCUAUUGGAGGACAUUUUAGAUGCCUUAUUAACAUUUCAUAUGGUGGUUUUGUGUACACAAUUUCCACAUGAAUACAGCUAUUGUGUUGUUCAAAUUUAGGGGUAUUUUGUUGCACUCACACUUUCUGAAGAUUUAUUGUAGCUAAUCCUGCAACUGUAUUUGUUGAGUUUGCUGAAAUAUAGUGCCAGAAGCCUCUGUUUAGGCUAGUAAUAAUAAAUAAUAAUAAUAUGCCAUUUAGCAGAAAGCGACUUACAGUCAUGCGUGCAUACAUUUUUGUGUACGGGUGGUCCCGGGGACCCACUACCUUGGCGUUACAAGCGCUGUGCUCUACCAGCUGAGCUACAGAGGACCAGGCAGUAUUAGGGCUGAGACUGGAAUGUUGGCCUCAGUAGGAUAAUACAUUUCUUUAAAAUGGAAUUGACUCUAGUUUAAAUCUGCUCUGGACAGCCUCAUUCAAUAAUCAAGUGUUCCCAGUGCUGACGGUCCAAGCCGUUGUGCUGCUGUGCUCAGCGAAGCCUUGAUUAGUCCUCUCUCCAUCCCCCUAAUCACGCUGCUGAACCCAUUAUUUCAGCUCUCUGCAGGGCUCACUGCUCUCCACAGCCAAACUCUGAUGACAAUCUCCAACCCUACACACAUUGCUGCCUGGGCCCCUGUCACUUUGCAUUUGAGCAUGAAAAGGCCUCAUAUUUCAGUUGGAUGUCUUGUGUAAAAUAAUGGAGAAUUGUCUUCAUUAUCCAUUAACCAAGCAUUCUUUCAUCUGAAUUUGAACUGGAACAGGUUAGGCGACUUGGAAUAGAGCUUUUUUUGACAGCACCAAAACUCAGUUUAAAGAUCUUGUUAUUGUCCGACCAAUGAAGGCAAUAGUCAGUAUUUGAAGCAGUAGCUAAACAUCAUAUCCACUCCAGCCUACUGUUGAGUUGUCCAGUCAGAGCUGGUUGGUUUAAACUUUGUAGAGCCACCUGCUAGCUGCUGUUAAAGCGCUUGACAGAAGUCGUCUGCAGUGGCAUGAGUCAGCGGGGUGGAGGGUGUUUUGGGCCUCGAAAUCUGGCAUUGAGCAGAGGCACACCUGCUGUUGAAUUGUUAUACAAUAGUUCCUGUUUCCUCAUUUACAACAAGGUCUGCAAGUCAAAUAUUUUAUUCUCUAAAUUGUGUAGGCUAGCUUCAUAUAAUUUCCUCUGUGGUGGUGGCCUUUGCCCUUGUGCAGGCCCAUUGCUUGAGCAGGCUUUCCUUGGAGAUAACAGGACAUCAAUACUGUGUAAGGCCUAUCGUAUUUAAGUUCAUUGUCAUGUUUGUUUUUUCCUUGAGAUUUGGUUAAAAAAAAAUAUAUAACUGUUUCAGACAUUUCAUAAAAUGUUAUUUUGGGGAAAUGACAUGUUAACAGUUUGUCAGAUGUGCAAAUGCAUGUUAAUGCAAUGUAAUUCCCAUGGCAACUCAUGUUAGGCAUAAAUGUUGUUUUGAAAACCAAAUCCCCAAGCAGGUUAGCCAGCCCGCUCGUGCUUUCCCAUUAUGCAAUGUUCACAGUUCUCGAGAAAUUACAUGCAUAGAAAAGCCUCAGUGUCAGUAUCUGUUUCAGGGAGAGUCAUUAGACCUCAGGCGACACUGUGAAAUCAGGAAGUAAAGAUCUGCUUUUUUUUCUCUCUCCCAGAUUGUCAUCUUGAUUGAAGAAAAAAAUUUGACCUUACAGACUGGAGUGACUUGAAAAUGAGACUGAAAAUUACCGGCUGAAAUUCAGGGUUCUCUGCCAGCCUGUGACUAUAGACCAGCUUGUGUGCCUUGACAUUCAGAUGUAUCCUGUUCUCUCACCCUCUGAAGGCUCUUCUAUAGAGUUAGUGUUGCUGUAGGCCUGCUGAUGCUGGGUGUUAGAUUGCUGUAAUUUUCCCUGUUGGCAGGAAAAUAUUUGUUUUUUGGUGUCACCUGACUGGAUCAAUAAUGAUUUAACAACAGAAAUCCAGACUAACUCUGGUUUUAGUUAAGUAGUAAUUCCACUGUGUGUUUGUCAUUUAGCCUAGAUUCUCAUAUCUGUGUAGUGCGAUUGUGUUAGUGCUCUGUAGCACCUACGGCUACAUGUCAGCACCUUGCAACAUUAUCUGUGAUAAAAAUACCCCCUAAUCUGAUAAUACACUCAUGUGUUGACAUCUGCGGCUUGUUUAUAGCAUCAGCCGGACAGAUUUUGCCAAGAUCACCAGCUUUACAUAGUUACUUUAGGAUGAUCACUUGUUCUGUCUGUGUGAUUUUAAAAAUACCUACAGUAUUACUGGUGGUGUUAAGAAGUGAAUUGAAAGCGUGCCAUUCCCAGUUAGUUCGCAUGAGCCGUUGCGCUUGUGGAUACAUAGAGCUACUCCAGCAUGUUGCGUAACUGUUUCCCUUCUCGGUAACAGCUGUUUGCACUGUUUUAAUCUUUUGUGUUUUUCACCCCUCCUCCCCAUGUGUCAUUAGGGUAUGUUUUGGAGUUGCAGGCAGAGUAUUUUCGAUGAGAUGAAGAAGAGGUUUUCUCAGGUAGUCCCUCCUAGCGGAGUGGGGCGUCUGUGACUGUGUGCAGCUUACUAUGUGGGGUUUGCUGAUGACUGCAUGGAGCAUCAGGUUUUUGCUGUCCUGAAAGUUUGGCCAACCUACUACCAGCUAACACACGUAGGUUAAAUAAACUGUCCAUAGGAAUUUUUGUUUGGGGGAUGUCCCAUUUGAAUAAUUUAGGAAAAUACAAAAUGUUAUUCGAUUAGGAAAACAUUUGACAAACGGCAACACACCACACACACGGACAAGAAUUGUGGACAAUUAAAUAAAGGUCACAAUAAGCACUGGCCAUGUGAAGGAGCUGAGGGACCGGUUAAGCUAGUGUUAUUGCUCAAGCCUCACUGGACAGUUGUUUUGGCCACACUAAGUCACACUAACACCACUAUACACCACUAUGUCUUGGACAGGUUUCUCUUGCAUCAUUCCUGGAAUUACUGCUUUGGGGAAAAUAGUCUGAUACACUGUAGUGGACACUGUAAUCAUAACAAAUGUUGGCUUCACUACAUUUGCUGAAUAGCUAGCCCAUAAUUUUGUAAAUAACAUGGACAAAGCCAGACUGAAGAGAAUCAAUGAAGGUCUAUAGUGUGCGAUGGUGUGAGGCUCUCACUAGACAUGCAGAUGGUAAACCAGACUAGCCCUAUAGAUUCAAUGUAUGCAUGAGGAGGCUCAAAUCUUGAUCUAUCAUUGCAUGUUAUGGUUUUUGGUGAAUUUAAUAAUGUACUGUCAGCCCGUCCCUUGAUGAGUUACUUAACCAGAUAUUUUCAGUUUCCUUACUGAAGAGACAUUCCUUAUGGAAUGGGCACUGUAUGAUAGUUUGGUGGCAUGGCUCUGUUCCAGUCUCAGUAAUGUGCCUCCCUCUAGGUUUGGGCUACUAUUUUAAUCGGCAUCUUCCAAGAACGCAAUGCUACGUAAGGUCCACACCAUACGUCAUAUAAUAGUAAUCCUGCAUUGCACAACCCGCCUGCUCUAGUUUCCUGUGUCUGGUGUUCGUUCGCCUGUUAUGAUGACAUUCAUGUGUAAGUAUGAGAAUGCCCUAACCACUGCCUGUAAGCAAAUCUCUCGGCUCCCUGAAUGCAUGCAAAUAAGAUGCUUAUAACGUGUUGUUUGAAUAUUUUGUCAUGAAGUAGAAAACUGAAUGGAGGUGUGUGUGUGUAUCCAGCAGAUAGAGAAUGCGGCGGAGGAGCCCAGAGUGCUGUGCAUAGUCCAGGACACUACCAAUGCUAAGACGGUCAAUGAGAGGCUCACCCUCAACCUGCCAGCCUCCACCACCCUCUCCAAACUCUUUGAGGAUGUGGCCCACAAGGCGAGCUAUGUGAACGGCACCUUUGACCUGGCAUGGGGCAACACCGGGGACAUGGUGAGUGUGUGUCCUAAGACAACCUUAUGAUCCUAGGUCCCUUCAUUGGAUCCUGGUUGGGGGGGGUUACAUACUUGUGUACACAACCAACUCCUCCAACACGUCCGUCAUUGUUGUGUUUGCGCCUCCUCCACACAUGGCAACUCUGUCUACUGUACGUCGGCUGUUCUACUGAGCCGCACUCACUGACCAACGGCUUGAAAUAGUGCUGUUUAGUUCCUCCCCAUAGUGUGUAAAUAGCUUUGUUUGUAUGUACGCCAGUCUCUUUAUUUCCUGUCCCUGAAGUAAUCUGAGGCUGGAGUUAUCUCACAAGAGUAGGUCAGUGGAUUAAGCUGUAUUUCCACUGCUGGCUACUCCCCCCUCCCUCUCCUCCAGCCAACAUUACAUGAGAAAACACUGCUGCUUCAUAGCAUGCUCCACAAACUGGUCCUAAAAGCUCAUCCUUUGACUGAUCAACAUGGGGAUUCUCCUUAUGAAUUCAAUGGGAACCUCUAACUGACUGGUUGAUUGUUGUUUAAUUCGGUUGUAUUGUGGGGUACUACUGAUGUUUUUCAAUCUCAAAUUCGCAAUUUUCUUAUUUUCUCAUGCUCAGACCUGCCUGUUCAAACUGAAGGGUGUUUUUUCUCGUUUUCUGUUCUCCCCAAGGGGUCGCUGGAACCCAGCAGUGAGAUGUCCCUCACUGAGUCCGGGUUCGAGCCCGGGAAGAGGAACUUCCUCCAGCUCACAGACAAGGACGGAGAGCAGCCUCAGAUUGCAUCGGUGAGUGAGUGGGGAAGAUAAAAAUAAAACUAGUUAAUGAUUUAUGACUUUUUUAUUUAUUUAUUUUUUAUUUCACCUUUAUUUAACCAGGUAAGCCAGUUGAGAACAAGUUCUCAUUUACAACUGCGACCUGGCCAAGAUAAAGCAAAGCAGUGCGAUUAAAAACAACAACACAGAGUUACAUAUGGGGUAAAAAAACAUAAAGUCAAAAAUACAACAGAAAAUAUAUAUACAGUGUGUGCAAAUGUAGCAAGUUAUGGAGGUAAGGCAAUAAAUAGGCUAUAGUGCAAAAUAAUUACAAUAGUAUUAACACUGGAAUGCUAGAUGUGCAAGAGAUUAUGUGCAAAUAGAGAUACUGGGGUGCAAAAGAGCAAAAUAAAUAACAAUAUAGGGACGAGGUAGUUGGGUGGGCUAAUUUCAGAUGGGCUGUGUACAGGUGCAGUGAUCGGUAAGGUGCUCUGACAACUGAUGCUUAAAGUUAGUGAGGGAGAUAAGUCUCCAGCUUCAGAGAUUUUUGCAAUUCGUUCCAGUCAUUGGCAGCAGAGAACUGGAAGGAAUGGCGGCCAAAGGAGGUGUUGGCUUUGGGAAUGACCAGUGAGAUAUACCUGCUGGAGCGCAGACUACGGGUGGGUGCUGCUAUGGUGACCAAUGAGCUAAGAUAAGGCGGGGAUUUGCCUAGCAGUGAUUUAUAGAUGGCCUGGAGCCAGUGGGUUUGACGACGAACAUGUAGUGAGGACCAGCCAACGAGCGUACAGGUCACAGUGGUGGGUAGUGUAUGGGGCUUUGGAGACAAAACGGAUGGCACUGUGAUAGACUACAUCCAAUUUGCUGAGUAGAGUGUUGGAGGCUACUUUGUAAAUGACAUCGCCGAAGUCAAGGAUCGGUAGGAUAGUCAGUUUUACGAGGGCAAGGAAGACAAUUCUAGAUUUAACUUUGGAUUGGAGAUUCUUUAUGUGAGUCUGGAAGGAGAGUUUACAGUCUAACCAGACACCUAGGUAUUUGUAGUUGUCCACAUACUCUAGGUCAGACCCGUCGAGAGUGGUGAUUCUAGUCGGGUGGGCGGGUGCCAGCAGCGUUCGAUUGAAAAGCAUGCAUUUAGUUUUACUAGUGUUUAAGAGCAGUUGGAGGCUACUGAAGGAGUGUUGUAUGGCAUUGAAGCUCGUUUGGAGGUUUGUUAACACAGUGUCCAAUGAAGGGCCAGAUGUAUACAAAAUGGUGUCGUCUGCGUAGAGGUGGAUCUGAGAGUCACCAGCAGCAAGAGCGACAUCAUUGAUAUACACGGAGAAAAGUGUCGGCCCAAGAAUUGAACCCUGUGGCACCCCCAUAGAGACUGCCAUAGGUCCAGACAACAGGCCCUCCGAUUUGACACACUGAACUCUAUCUGAGAAGUAGUUGGUGAACCAGGCGAGGCAGUCAUUUGAGAAACCAAGGCUAUUUAGUCUGCCAAUAAGAAUGCGGUGGUUGACAGAGUCGAGAGCCUUGGCCAGGUCGAUGAAGACGGCUGCACAGUACUGUCUAUUAUCAAUCGCGGUUAUAAUAUCGUUUAGGACCUUGAGCGUGGCUGAAGUGCACCCAUGACCAGCUUGGAAACCGGAUUGCAUAGCGGAGAAGGUACGGUGGUAUUCGAAAUGGUCGGUGAUCUGUUUGUUAACUUGGCUUUCAAAUACUUUUGAAAGGCAGGGCAGGAUGGAUAUAGGUCUGUAGCAGUUUGGAUCUAGAGUGUCACCCCCUUUGAAGGGGGGGGAUGACCGCGGCAGCUUUCCAGUCUCUGGGGAUCUCAGACGUUAUGAAAGAGAGGUUGAACAGACUAGUAAUAGGGGUUGCGACAAUUUCGGCGGCUAGUUUUAGAAAGAAAGGGUCCAGAUUGUCUAGCCCAGCUGAUUUGUAGGGGUCCAGAUUUUGCAGCUCUUUCAAAACGUCAGCUGUCUGAAUUUGUGUGAAGGAGAAGCGGGGGGGGGGGGGGGGGGGGGGGGGGGGGGGGGGGGGGGGGGGCAUGGGCAAGUUGCAGCGGAGGGUGCAGAGUUGGUGGCCGGGGUAGUGGUAGCCAGAUGGAAAGCAUGGCCAGCUGUAGCAAAAUGCUUGUUGAAAUUCUCGAUUAUUGUAGAUUUAUCGGUGGUGAUAGUGUUUCCUAGCCUCAGUGCAGUGGGCAACUGGGAGGAAGUGCUCUAAUUCUCCAUGGACUUUACAGUGUCCCAAAACUUUUUGGAGUUAGUGCUACAGGAUGCAAAUUUCUGUUUGAAAAAGUUAGCAUUUGCUUUCCUGACUGCUUGUGUAUAUUGAUUCCUAACUUCCCUGAAAAGUUGCAUAUCGCGGGGGCUAUUUGAUGCUAAUGCAGUACGCCACAGGAUGUUUUUGUGCUGGUCAAUGGCAGUCAAGUCUGAGGAGAACCAGGGGCUAUAUCGGUUCUUAGUUCUGUAUUUUUUGAAUGGGGCAUGUUUAUUUAAGAUUGAGAGGAAAUUACUUUUAAGGAACAACCAGGCAUCCUCUACUGACGGAAUGAGAUCUAUAUCCAUCCAGGAUACCUGGGCCAGGUCAAUUAGGAAGGCCUGCUCGCUAAAGUGUUUUAGGGAGUGUUUGACAGUGAUGAGGGGUGGUCGUUUGACCGCGGACCCGUUACGGACGCAGGCAAUAAGGCAGUGAUCGCUGAGAUCCUGGUUAAAGACAGCUGAGGUGUAUUUAGAGGGUAUGUUAGUCAGGAUGAUAUCUAUGAGGGUACCCAUGUUUACGGAUUUAGGGUUGUACCUGGUAGGUUCGUUGAUAAUUUGCGUGAGGUUGAGGGGAUCUAGUUUGGAUUGUAGGAUGGCCGGGGUAUUAAGCAUAUCCCAAUUUAGGUCACCAAGCAGUACGAACUCUGAGGAUAAAUGGGGGGCAAUCAAUUCACAUAUGGUGUCCAGGGCACAGCUGGGGGCUGAGGGGGGUCUGUAGCAAGCGGCAACAGUGAGAGACUUAUUUCUGGAAAGGUGGAUUUUUAGAAGUAGAAGCUCAAACUGUUUGGGCACAGACCUGGAUAGUAUGAUAGAGCUCUGCAGGCUAUCUCUACAGUAGAUUGCAACUCCACCCCCUUUGGCAGUUCUAUCUAGACGGAAAAUGUUAUAGUUGGGGAUGGAAAUUUCAGAAUUUUUGGUGGCCUUCCUGAGCCAGGAUUCAGACACUGCUAGAACAUCAGGGUUGGCGGAGUGUGCUAACGCAGUGAAUAACUCAAACUUAGGAAGUAGACUUCUGAUAUUUACGUGCAAGAAACCAAGACUUUUGCGAUUACAGAAGUCAGCAAAUGAUAGCGCCUGGGGAGUAGGAGUGAUACUGAGGGCUGCAGGGCCUGGGUUAGCCUCUACAUCACCAGAGGAACAGAGGAGGACUAGAAUAAGGAUACGGCUAAAGGCUUUAAGAACUGGUCUUCUAGUGCGUUGGGUACAUAGAAUAAAGGGGGCAGAUUUCCGGGUGUUGUAGAAAAGAUUCAGGGCAUUAUGUACAGACAAGGAUAUGGAAGGAUAUGAGUAAAGUGGAGGUAAACCUAAGCGUUGGGUAACAAUGAAAGAGAUAGUAUCACUAGAGGCACCAAUUGAGUCGGUCUCCGCGUGAAUGGGGGGUGGGACAAAGGAGCUAUCUAAGGCAGGUUUAGCUGGGCUGGGGGAUCUACAGUGAAAUAGUACAAUUAGAAAUAACCGAAACAACAAUAAGCUAACCAUGUUUGGGCUGAGGCUAAACAUAAACAGGAUGUAGUACCGUAAAAAGGAACAGUCCAGCAGACAUCAGCUGUAUAGCUGAGUUAUCAUAAGGUCCGGUGAACAGCAAUAGGAUAGUUCGGAGGCUGCUAAAGCACUAGCGAGUAAGAGGCCACGGCUAGCGUGUGCUAGCGGGCCGGGGCUAGCAGAUGGAAUCUUCGUGGUCGGCGUCGUAACCACAUCAGACGAUUUCGUCGGCAGACCAGUCGUGUAGGAUCGGCGGGGCUCCGUGUCAACACUAGGUGGUCCCGUCCGGUUGACAGAGAGGUAGAUAGCCGGGAGAUGGGCCUAGCUCAGGAUGAUUAGCCAGACCACAGCGUCCAUAUAGUUGCAGCUAGCUGGUAGCGAUGAAUCCGGAGUUAAAGGUCCAGUGAUUCAGUGAUUCCGGCAGAAAAACUGAUAUGUUCUGGGUCGAUAACGCGCUGUGCAGACUGGCCGAAUAUCCGGUGAUUAAUAUCCAGUGAUUAAAUUAAUCCCACAGAAAAAAAAUCCAAUGUUCUGGGUGAAAUACCGCUAACUGUGGCUAAUAGCAAGUAGCUAGUUAGCUGGCUAGCUAGUUUCAACUGGAGAUUCUAGAUAAAAGGUAAGUCAAUAAUAGAAUCCGUUCCACAUUGAGUGAGGCGGGUUGCAGGAAAGUAUAUUUUGUAGAAGGAUGAAACGUCUGAUAGGGAAAUAUGUACGAAAAAUACAACAAAAACAGGGUAUUUACAGGCUAUUUACAGACACACGACAAAAACAGAACUGCACUACCAGCAUGCCAAGGGCAUUCCCCUGGAGGAGGGCUUGACAGGCAGUUCAAUCUUGGUAGCUAUAUGCUGAAGCUUAAUUCUCCUCCUCCUUUGUGUAGGAUGAGUCGGGGACAGCGGACAGCAGUGGUCUGGAUGACGGCUCCCAGGAGCGCUUUAUCGGCCCCCUGCCCAGAGACUGCACGGUGGGCUGCAGCAGCGACUACAGCAGCCCCAGCUACUCCUACUCCUCCAUCCUCAACAAGUCAGACACAGGUACACCCUCUCUUUCAAUAGCGUAGACUUGACCUCACGUCCUGUUACGUUACCCCCCUGACUGCUCUCUUCCUGUCUUUCUCCCCCUCUGCAGGAUAUGUGGGUUUGGUUAACCAGGCCAUGACCUGCUAUUUGAACAGCCUUCUACAAACGCUGUUUAUGACCCCGGAGUUCAGAAAUGCACUGUACAAGUAAUUACCUGUUCUCAUUAAGCUCUUUGUGUAUUGUUCUACUAAACGGUGUGUGGGUAUUUAAUGAGAAGAACAUUGUCCUACAACUCUGUCUACUCGUCCACUGUUUCUUCCAGCUGGGAGUUUGAGGAGUCAGACGAGGACCCGGUCACCAGCAUCCCUUACCAGCUACAGAGGCUGUUUUUGCUGCUGCAGACCAGUAAGAAGAGGGCCAUCGAGACCACCGACGUGACCCGCAGCUUCGGCUGGGACAGCAGCGAAGGUGGGCAGUCACUCUGCUACGUCUAGACACCCCCACCAGGCAGCCUCCACGUAACCAGGAGGAGCCCAGGCUCAACCACUUCUGAUGUUUUGAUAAUGGAACUGGAAGAGUGUGGGGAAGGGGUACUGUUUGUUUUGUCACACAGUUCACUGUGUUUUAACUGGUCUGUGUGUGUUUGUCUAUGUCUCUUCUGCGUGUCUGUGUGUUUUCAGCCUGGCAGCAGCAUGACGUCCAGGAGCUGUGUAGGGUCAUGUUUGAUGCCCUGGAGCAGAAAUGGAAGCAGACAGAGCAGGUAUGAAAGAAAAGCGAACCCUGCCACUUGUCUGACAACACUAAUCCAGGGAGCCAAUGAGGGGCCUCCCCCAGGCCCAGAACAAAGGGCCUACUGUGGGAAGGGGAGAAAGAGCCAGUAAGGCUGAGGGUUAGCUUUUUCUGAUCUCAGGAGUUUGGUAUAAACCGUGUAAACUUAAUUCACUGUGGAUAGAAGCACUAGGCUCGUGCACGUGAGCUCCUGCGUGUAGCUGUAUUUGUAAAGAAUGGUCUACAUUAUCAGUGUGGCUAAUCAAAGUCCCAUUUUGAUUUUUGCUAUAUUUGUGUCCCCAGCAGCAGUUUUCUCCACUUACGGUACUUAUUUUAACUUCUAUUAUUGUUUUCUACAAUUGUUUGUUUGAAUUUAUUUGUCAGUUAAAAAAUUACAUAUACACAUGCAUAAAACAACGUGACCGGGAUUGCACAAUAAAGUCAGUUUUAUUUCUGUUGUGGUCCCUAUUUUUCUGGGUUGUUGACAUGCACUGAGUGUAUAAAACAUUAAGAAUGCCUUCCUAAUAUUGAGUUGCACCCCCUUUUAACCUCAGAACAGCCUCAAUUUUAUGGGGCUUCGACUCAACAAGGUGUCAAAAUCGUUCCACAGGGAUGCUGGCCCAUGUUGACUCCAAUUUUUCCCACAAUUGUGUCAAGUUGGCUGGAUGUCCUUUUGGGUGGUGGACCAUUGUUGAUACACAUUACACAUGGGAAACUGUUGAGAGUGAAAAGCCCAGCAGCGUUGCAGUUCUUGACACAAACCAGUGCGCCUAGCACCUACUACCAUACCUCAUUCAAAGGCACUUAAAUUUGUCUUGCCUCUUCACCCUCUGAAUGGCACACAUACACAAUCCAUGUCUCAAGGCUUAAAAAUCCGUCUUUAACCUGUCUCCUCCCCUUCAUCUACACUGAUUUGAAGUGGAUUUAACAAGUGACAUCAAUAAGGGAUCAUAGCUUUCACCUGGUUAGUGUAUGUCAGGGAAAGAGCAGAUGUUCUUAAUGUUUUGUAUACUCAGGGUAGAUACAGUUACAUAGAUACAGACACAUUCCAGAUAUACAGACAUGAAAAUGUUUUCUACUUUUUAAUCGUUGGCCAACUUUUUACAUUCUAGUUAAAUUAUGUUGUUGUUGGUAUGGCUUUAAGUUGCUGUGGUAGUUUGUUCCACUCAACAGCGCCGGAAUAUAAAAAAGGGUUCUUACCAGAUGUACUCUUAUUUAAAACGGUGAAUAUUCGAGUCACUGCUGCAGGUAUUAUGCUGGUGGACAUCUCUAACAAAAUAAACAUAAUUGGAUAGGUACCUGAGGGCUGAGUCAGUGAUAAUUCUGUGGCCCUUACCAGACCAAGUUCAAUUAAUACAAUUUAUUUUUACACAGAUUUAUUUUUGCCAGCCUAGCUGCUUAAAAUGCUGGACCUCCAGAUGAGUACGAGGGCCGGAGGAGUUAAAAUACAAUUCUUACAAGCUUGUUUUAGCUGGUCUGUGGCUUAUUCUUUAGAAUCAAAAGUUUUAAAUCCGAAAUUGUUUAGAUGUUUGUGGCUGCUGGUGAACCAUGAUGAGCACACAUAAUCAGUGACACUGAACUUGCUCACCUGCCAGACUUCAAAUAAGGUGGCAGGUGAGCAAGUGGCCAUCUGGCAAAUGGCGCAGUGGUCUAAGGCACUGCAUUGCAGUGCUAGCUGUGUCACUAGAGAUCCUGGUUCGAAUCCAGGCUCUGUCGUAGCGGCCGUGACGGGAGACCAAUAGUGCGGCGCACAAUUGGCCCAGCGUCGUCCAGGGUAGGGGAGGGAUGGCGGCAGGGAUGUAGCUCAGUUGGUAGAGCAUGGCGUUUGCAAUGCCAGGGUUGUGGGUUCGAUUCUCACGGGGGGCCAGUAUGAAAAAUAAAUAAAUAAUGUAUGCACUCACUAACUGUUAGUCGCUCUGGAUAAGAGCGUCUGCUAAAUGACAAAAAUGUAAAAUGUUUUUCUUAGAUGCAGAGAAAGUUUGUUGUCUGAAAGCCAUUUACUGAUAUUGGAUAACUCUGCGCUAAGGAUUUCUUCGACUGAGGCUUUGCUCUUUUGGGACACCAAUAGAGCAGAGUCAUCUGCAUACAAAAACAAUUUACAAGAGCAGGCUGAUUUCACAUCGUUAAUGUACAGUAGGAAGAGCAGUGGACCAAGGAUGCUCCCCUGCGGUACCCCACAACUAAUCUCCUUUUGCGUUAGACAGUUUUCCAUUAACAUCCACCACUUGGACCAAUUGGUCUCUACCUGUUAAAUAGGGUCUUACCCAGUCAAUGGGCCUGCUGUUGCAGUCACAUAUUAAGUGAAAUGUGUUGACUCUUUGAGAGGAGCCGAGUCAUUGUCUUUGGGGAGUGUUACCGAGUUUAAGGAGUUUACGUCAUUAUCGAGCUGGCAUAGAGUUGAGGUUGUGUGAGUAGUAGGUACAAUGUGAGCAGUGAAGAGCAUGUUUCAGAGUUCUGAGAGAUGCAUGUGAGCGUUGUGACUGCUUGGGCCUGACUCCCUCGUGUUGUGUCCCCCCUCAGGCUGACCUGAUUAACCAGCUGUACCAGGGGAAACUGAAGGACUAUGUGCGCUGUCUGGAGUGUGGCUAUGAGAGCUGGAGGAUCGACACCUACCUGGACAUCCCUCUGGUCAUCAGACCCUUUGGGGCCAGCCAGGCUUAUGGCAGCGUGGUGCGUGUCUGUCUCCCUCCCUCCAUCUCUUAUGUCUCUGCUCUUCUUCAUGACUAUAGCAGUAUUAAUCCAAGUGUGUGAAGAGACCAAAGCUAUGAUGGUCAUUUAUGUAUUCACUACGCAGACACUGAAGUCCAGACCCCGCUGUGUGCUCCUGCAUUUUCCUUAAAGACUGUGACUAGUAAGACAGUAUAAUGUUACCUAAAUGUUGUAAAUGUGGGCAGAGUUGUUACUGAUACAAUGCCUUUGUGACUCACUGAAACAGGAGGAGGCUCUGCAGGCCUUUGUCCAGCCAGAGACUCUGGACGGGGCCAACCAGUACUUCUGUGAGCGCUGCAAGAAAAAAUGUGACGCCCGUAAGGUGAGUAUACAGACUUGUGAUCUUGUUGAUGUUAAGACCACACUUCCCUUUGGGUCAUGGAAGAACUGAUGGGGGGGAUGUUGAGUGAAGGUGGUCACUGGUCUGCUCAGGCCAGUUGUGUUCUGACCCAUGCCCUUUGCCCUCCCUCCACAGGGGCUGAGGUUUCUGCACUUUCCCUACCUGCUGACUCUGCAGCUGAAGCGUUUUGACUUUGACUAUACCACUAUGCACCGCAUCAAACUCAACGACCGCAUGUCCUUCCCUGAGGAGCUGGACAUGGGUCCCUUCAUUGACGUGGAGGACGAGGUGAGAAACACCAGCCCAGUGUGGCCUCCUAUGUGUUUUAUACUCUAGGUAGAAUCAUGAUAUCAGGCUUGGGGUGGGGGGGGAAUAGUGCCAUGUCCUUCAAAUUUGAUUUUUGAUUAUGUUUCAUGUAUUAGUCAUUUCAAUGAAGUCCUCAUUAAUUAAUGAGUGUAACUGAUACCUGAACUCUGUCUGCUUUCUCUCUUUCUAUCCAACUCUUUGUUUUUGAUCAAUGCCCCCUCUCAUAGAAAUCUCCUCAGACGGAGAGCUGCACUGACAGCGGGGCAGAGAAUGAGGGCAGUUGCCACAGCGACCAGAUGAGCAACGACUUCUCGACAGACGACGGUGUGGAUGAGGGCAUCUGCCUGGACAGCGCCAGCAGUACUGAGAGGGUCCUGAAGCCAAAGGUACCCAGCCUCAACACUGUAUGUAAUACCACGCACACCGUUCUUACACUCUAGCACCACUACUGCCUGUGUCUUAUAGCCCAUCCUGGCCUGUUUGCAUGUAGUGCAAUCUGCUGUCAUUAGAUUGAGUUCUUAGCCAAUUGUCUCUCCUGCCCCUGUCUCGUCUCCAGAGUUCAUUGACUUUUGAGCUGUUCUCGGUCAUGGUCCAUUCGGGCAGCGCUGCAGGUGGCCACUACUAUGCCUGCAUUAAGUCCUUCAGCGAUGGCCAGUGGUACAGUUUCAACGACCAGCACGUCAGCAAGGUAAUUCUCAGUCUUCAAAUACCUUAUGUUUACUAUGCAUGUAUACUAGACAAAACAACUCGACACAGGCUGCAUCAAUAUAACUCCUCGACCUACGCUUUAAAUAGACUUGUCAUUGUAAUAUUCUAUUGACAGUUGUCAGAAACACAACGGUGAUGGUCCAGUGUGUUGAUGUGUGUGUGUGUCCUUAUAUAGAUCACCCAGGAAGACAUCAGGAAGACAUACGGAGGGUCCUCAGGGAGCAGAGGCUAUUACUCCAGUGCCUUUGCCAGGUCAGUGGAGCUCCUGUCUCUGUCACUCUCUGGAUUGAUCUGAAAUCAAUAUGUCCCUGAACACAUCUCACUCCCAUGCCUGGCUCUCCCCUCUCACAAUCUCAUUGUAUGUACCUACUAAUGCAUACAUGGCCAGAAAAUAACCAGCAUCUGUUCACUUCCCAGUCCACACACAGCGACGUUCAAUACCAGAGGAAGAUGUAAUGGGGAUGAACCAGGGCUUGUUUACUCAGAGUCCUGCAUUUGAUUGAUGUCUGCCUGGGAGAAAAACAAGAGGGUGGUUAUUCAGGCUAGGACAAAGCCCUGUUGAUAACUGAGCUUUUAUGUAAUGCGCUGUUCUUUCAUGUGUUUGGGAAGGAAGAUUAAACUCUAAGAUUUGGCUACUCAUAUUCCCUUUCUCCAUUUGCAUUUAAUAAGAUGUUUUUCUGUUCCAACAGCUCUACGAAUGCGUAUAUGCUGAUUUAUAGGUUGAAAGACCCCUCAAGGAAUGCAAGUAAGGGAAACAUAUAAAAUCAAGUCUAGUUCCAUUAUCACGUUUGCUUUUAAAUGUCUAAAAUGGCGGUGUUAAACUGUAUGAAGUUAAAUAUGUGGGUAUAACAAUCCUAGUAGGUUUUGCUUUCCUAGUCUCUCUCAAUGACUUGGACCUCCAGUUAGUUAUGGUGGUCUCUUGACUGAUGGACCGUGUUGUUACCUCUGCAGAGUAUCUGGAUUGUGAUGACUUCCCUGAGCACAUAAAGCAUCUGGUCCAGAGGGAGAAGGAGUCUGAGGAGCAGGAGAAAAGACAGAGGGAGAUCGAGCGCAAUACCUGCAAGGUACAUCCUCCUUCUGUGGACUUUCCCAUGGGCAACGGUGUCGGUCAUUUUGCACAGGGGUUCUAUUGUCGUUAAUUGCUCUGUAUUUCCCAUUUCUCUGUCAGAUCAAGCUGUUCUGCAUGCAUCCGGUGAAGAUGAGGACUAUGAUGGAGAACAAGCUGGAAGUGCACAAGGACAAGACGCUCAGAGAGGCAACAGAGAUGGCCUACAAGGUACAUCAGAGUGCAAGCUAAACGCAGAGGAAAGCCUUGAAAGCUAAUCUCACUCAGCUGCUGCAGUGCAUACCAGUGUCAGAGUGGUCCAAGGAUAGACACAGUUCUAAGAAUAAAAGGGGGGUUGCAAUGGCCAAUAGAAGCCUCAAAACAUUAUCUUAUGUGUCUAUAGCAAUUGGACGUGUUUGUGUGUGUCUUUGGGCGCCCAUUCUGCCCCCUAGCUCAUGGAUCUGGAGGAGGUGGUCCCACUGGACUGCUGUCGCCUGGUCAAGUACGAUGAGUUCCAUGAGUACCUGGAGCGCUCGUACGAGGGAGAGGAGGACACCCCCAUGGGGCUGCUGCUGGGUGGGAUCAAGUCCUCCUAUAUGUUUGACCUGCUGCUGGAGACCCGCAGACCAGAGCAAGUCUUCCAGCCCUACAAACCCGGAGGUCAGUAAAACACAUUUUAUACUUAGAAUAUAACACUAUAACUAGCAACUCUUUUAGCCUUUCGGAAAGGAGUUGUGUGUGUUGACUGGUUGGUGUGUGUCUCUGCAGAGGUGAUGGUGAAGGUUCACGUGGUGGAUCUGAAGACUGAGACUAUCGUCCCUCCCGUCAGCAUCAGGGCCUACCUAAACCAGUCAAUCACUGAGUUCAAGCAGCUCAUUGCACAGGUAAACUAGUUCAAACAAUCCUCUUUAAUUAUUCCUUUCUAUCUCUAAUACAGUCUAAUCCAGCCUGAUACAGUCCACACUUGUAAGACUAUAAAAUCUGCCAGUAUUUGUUGUGGGAUCUGUGGUGAAGUAGCUCUCCACUGUGUGUGUCUUGUGUGUUGACAGGCCACAGAGCUCUCAGCCGAAACCAUGCGUGUCGUCCUGGAGCGUUGCUAUAAUGACCUUCGGCUUCUCUACGUGCCCAACAAGACACUGAAAGCAGAGGGUUUCUUCAGGAGCAACAAGGUCACACUUUAUUGUUGUCCUUUCCAGCUUGUGUCUGCUGUGUUAAUGUUGUGUAUCUGUAAACGUAAUUUUUCUGCAGUGCUUUGAUCUCCCAUGUAACACAAACCUCAUCUGUCCAUUCUCUGGUUUCUCUUCUCAGGUUUUUGUGGAAAGCUCUGAAUCCCCAGAUCACCAGGUCACUUUCACUGAUUCGCUCUUGUGGAAACUGCUGGAUCGCCAUGGGAACACAAUCCGCCUGUUUGUCUCGCUGCCUGUGCAAUCCCCCGGCACCAACAGAACUAUUUGCCAAAAUGUGGGCGGCGACCCCGAGGAGUGCUCUGAGGGGUCAAAGGGCAACAGGAAGUCUGUAGAGACCAUCCUGGAGGAGAGCACAGAGAAGCUGAAGAACCUGUCCCUCCAGCAGCAGCAGGGCUCCCAGCAGGGCUCCAGCACCAGUGACAGCCAGAAGAGCUCAGACACCAGCGACUUUGAGCACAUCGAGUCCCCCUCACCCUCUCAGGAGCCAGACUCUGCCUCCUCCAUAUCCGCUGUCGUUGCAGUCGACAACCGCGAGCUGGAGAACCGGAUCCAGGUGGCUAGCGGCGGGGGGGCCUACUCUGACCCGGAAACCCAGUUCCCUGGGGAGGAGCGCUCGGACUCUGAGGUGAACAACGACCGCAGCACGAGCUCAGUAGACAGUGACAUCCUGAGCUCCAGCCACAGCAGUGACACGCUGUGCAACGCCGACAGCGGCCCCAUCCAGCUGGCCAAUGGCCUGGACUCACACAGCAUCACCAGCAGUCGCCGCUCCAAGGCCAACGAGGGCAAGAAGGAGACGUGGGACACGGCCGAGGAGGACAGCGGCACAGACAGCGAGUAUGAUGAGAACGGGAAGAGCAAGGUGGAAUCAUAUUACCUCUACUUCAGAGCAGAACCAUACGCACAGGAGGAAGGCUCUGGGGAAGGAGGCCAGAAAUGUAUGUCUUCUCUUCUGUCUGUGUGAUGAUGAUGAUGAUGGUAUAUCUGUACUCAGCAGUGAUUUAGAUUGUACAAAGUGUUUCUCAACCUUUUCUGGAAUGGGGCCUGGGAAGCUAUGGCCUCCCUCCCUCCCUUAACCCAUUCAUGUCCAUAAUGGCAAUGUAUCAUUCAUUUCAUUUGGUACACAUGUUCUCUGAGCUUACUGAUCGGCCAAAGCGUUUGUCUACAAUGUGAGUUUUUGAUAUUGUACUAUAUUUAGUCUUUGGACACAUUGGGGUUACUGUUUUUCUUUUCUUUUUUUUUUACACAUUUCAUGAAUCAAGUCCUGUGAAUACAUGUUAUGAUCAGAUCUUUUUAAUUUUUGGUAUCUCUCGAAAUCCACUCACACUCACUCCUAGAGUAGAAGCAAAUCCAAUGUAGGUCAAUGGAGAGUGAGGCCGGGUACAGCAUUCUCCCUCUUUCUCUCACAAACACACGUGUGUACACACCACAUACAGUCACGCACGCUCACACACCCAUAUGCCCGCACAAACAACAACAGCUGGUGGAAAGCCCAACCAUUCUAAAUGUAUUUACAAAUGCAGGUCUUUGAAGCUAAUCUUUUUUAGUCUGAGAUCCUAACUGGUUUCUUUGAUUGCAUGUUUAGUUUGUUGGCACUAUAGAAUUGUUAUUUUGUGCCUUUUUUCUGUGGAAUAAGUGUGGGUCUUUCAUAUUAUGAAUUUAAUCACUUUAUGACUGCACCAUUUUUUUAUUUGAACAAAACCUUCCGUACAUGAUUUCCCAUGGUAGAUGUGGUCAGAAAGUGCUCAAAGAUUAACCAUUUUUCAUACCCCCACCCUACCAUGAGACAUCCAUGCACACCCGCAUGUUUGUAUGUCUGCAGUAUGUGUGUGCUUGUGAGCAAGGGAGAGAAAGAGGGGGAAUGCUGUACUAGGCCUCACUCUCCAUUGACCUGCAUUGGAUUUGAUUAUACUGUAUAAUAAGAUUUUAAGAUGUUUUUAAGAUCUGAGAGAGGGAGAACGCUGUAAAAUGACUCACCAAUCUCCAUUAAAUGAGUUUAUAUUGCAUAUACUCUAGGGGGGGGUGUUGACAAAAAAAAACAGUAACCACGUGUCCAAAGACUAAAUAUAGUACGAUACAGAAACUGCUGUAGUUCACAAACAACAAUGAGUUGACUCAUAUGUUUGGGCUUAGAACAGGUCAAAUAACAAUACUAUAUGCGUUUAAACAAUUUAAUUCUGAAAUGUAUUUCAAAAUGCAUAUGCUGAAUUCAUUUUAAAGAUUUUUAUUAAAUUAAAAUGUGUACAUUUUGUAUCUAAUUCCCAACUUUGCUCGACACUGGAAGUAUGAUCGAUAAUAACAAUCUUAAAAUGUGUUUACACCAGAAUUCAUGCAUUUACACCAAACAGAAUCUGUGGCACAUUUUGACAUUGUACUAAAUAUAGUACAUGGAUGUGAAUGGGUUAAUUUAAGAUAAGCACUCAUGUCAGUUAUCUGACAGACCGGUGAGCAACACCCUGAGGGUUAAGAAACACUGGUUUAAAUGCUCUUGGAACCAAAUCCACAUUUAGUAUUUCAUAUACUGUUAUGUGAUUAGUCUGAUCCAACUAAUUGAAACGUAUGUUUUGGUGCUGUUUUCCUGUCAGGUGUAUUGGUCCACGUAGAUAAGAGGAUAACUCUGUCAGCGUUCAAACAGAACCUGGAGCCUUUCGUGGGGGUCACCUCUACCCAGUUCAAGGUGUUCCGCGUCUACGCGAACAACCAGGAGUUUGAGAGUGUACGGCUCAACGAGACCCUCUCCUCCUUCUCUGACGACAAUAAGGUCCGUAGCGUCUCACUAUCUGCCCCCUUUCAAAAUAUCAUGACUCUUCUCAAAAGAUAAUGGUGUUUUUAUUUUACAAUCUUAUCCAUGGUGCUCCUCUUGAUCUUCUUACAGAUAACCAUACGAUUAGGCAGAGCACUAAAGAAGGGCGAGUAUCGGGUGAAAGUCUACCAGCUACUAGUGAAUGACGCAGAGGUAAGGACUGGGAUAAUCUGAUGUUUCUUCACGCACACAAGUGGUUGUUGUUAUUCGGUGUUGUGCAAUUUCCUCACAUAACAGCAGCCUGUAGGUGUGUCACUGAUGGAUUUGUCACCAGGUGUAUUGAUGUGACAGUUGUAUAUGUCAUUGAGUUUCCGGCGUAAGUGAUGGUGUAUGUGUCUGUCUCUCUCCUCCCCAGCCCUGUAAGUUCCUCGUGGACACAGUGUUUGCUAAGGGCAUGACUGUGAAACAGUCCAAAGAGGAGCUAAUGCCUCAGCUGAAAGACCAAUGCAACCUGGACCUCAACAUCGACAAGUAAGUUCCACCUUCAACACUUAUAAACAUGUACAGUCAAGUAACUCUGAUCUGCAUAUCUAAAAUCUAUGUACACAAUCCAAUGCACACGAAUAUAUGGGCACACAUCCAACCAUACAUCAAAUAUUAUACACUUGAAUCCCUUACCUACAUAUUUUCUUAUGAAAACAUUUGUUGUCACCGGCUAGUUGACUGUAAAAGGUUCCACAGGUGUCUUUGUGGUGAUACAAUCAGAAUGUGUACGUUUUUAGUCAUGUAGCAGACGCUCUUAUCCAGAGCGACUUACAGGAGCAAUUAGGGUUAAGUGCCUAGCUCAAGGGCACAUCGACAUAUUUUUCACCUAGUCAGCUCGGGAUUCAAACCAGCGACCUUUCAGUUACUGGCCUAACGCUCUUAACCACUAGGCUACCUGCUGCAGAUCCUCUUACUUCAAAGUAUUAUGGGCACCUUUGUCCUCUUAUGGAUGGGUACUGUGAGUGACCUUUUUAAAGCACUGACUCACAGCUGAUGCUUAUUGAUAGAAGUGUUGUUGAAUCUUAAUUUUGUGUGUUUGUGUGGGGUCAGUUUCCGUCUCAGGAAGAAGACGUGGAAGAACCCAGGGACAGUGUUUUUGGACUACCACGUCUACGAGGAGGACAUCAAUAUCUCCAGUAACUGGGAGGUCUUCCUGGAGGUUCUAGAUGGUAAUCCUGGUUUGCUAUUGUUUAGACUACCCUCUUCAGAACCAUUUUUAAAUCGCCUCAUGGUCAUCAUAGCCUGAAUAGAGACAAACCUACACUAAAAUAUAUGGCUGCUUUUCUAUCAAACUCCUAUAUUAGGUCACUUAAAAAUGGCGUUGGAGGAAGAGUUAACAUAAUUACUUCUGUGAAAGGAAAAGCCCUAUAGAACUGAAUUGUCUCCCCUCUGAAUGAGUAUCACUUGUGAAAGAGAGGCAGACAGACAGUGGGUGUGUGUGCUCAGCAAUCCCCAACCCUCCUCUCCUGCGCCUUUCCAGGACCGGAGAAGAUGAAGUCCAUGUCCCAGCUGGCUGUGCUGACCCGCCGCUGGACCCCCGCCCAGAUGAGGCUGGAGCCCUUCCAGGAAGUGGUUCUGGAGAGCAGCAGUGUGGAGGAACUCAAGGAAAAGGUGUGUGUGUGUGUUCACGUCUUGAAUGUCGUGCCAGGCCUUGUACACUGGUGCGCAUGUCUGAGGCCACAUACACACUGGAUUGCAAGGCAGCACUGUGGGAUUGUCUUAACCACUAAGUGCUGCUCCCAGCAACAUCAGUAACUUUUCACAUCACAGUAUACAACAUCUAGACUGAGAUGGAAAAUAACUACAUGUAGCAAGGUAAAUGAUAGGGCAUGCUAAAUGGGUAUUUAAAAGGCAAUUUGUGACACAAAUUCUCUUUCUCCAGCUCAGUGAAAUAAGUGGUAUUCCUCUUGAAAACCUGGAGUUUGCCAAGGUAGGUCAACCGUUUUUAACGCUGUAAGGAUUUAUUUUUACUCAUGUAUUGAUUCACUCCACUUCAUUUCCUGAAUUGUUUCCCAGUUUACUGACUGGUGUCCUGAUUGUCUCCUGCAGGGGCGCGGAACAUUUCCUUGUGAUAUCUCGGUAUUGGAGAUCCAUCAGGAUCUGGACUGGAACCCUAAAGUGUCCACACUGAAUGUGUGGCCUCUGUACAUCUGUGAUGAUGGCGCCGUGGUCUUCUACAGGUAAACCCCUCAUACUGGAACAGGCACCUUGCCAUUCCAAAUGAAUAGUUAUUGUGAAAUGACAACGGGAUAUUCAGGGAAACUGCAGAUAGUUGGUUUAAUAUAGGUAUAUUCUCCAGAAGAUCUCACAGCUUGUACUCUGGUGUUUCAGGAACAGCACAGAGGAGCCUAUGGAACAGUCUGAAGACGAGCGCAACGAGCUGAUGAAGAGGGAGAGCAGCCGCCUGCUGAAGACUGGCCACCGGGUCAGUUACUCACCUCGUAAGGAGAAAGCCCUUAAGAUCUACCUGGAUGGGGGCCCGGUCAAGGACCUGGGGCAGGACUGAGGCCCUUCUGAGGCCCGUCCCGGUUAGCUGGCCUGCCUGUCUGCUGCAGUGUAGCGUGGCCCGGCCAGGGGACCCUGUCUGGCAUGGGGCCCCACGUUCACUCGACGACGUCACCAGAGCAGUGCGGCUCACACGCCCUCUCUCAUCCUCCAAUCUGAGCUCUAGGGGAAAGAGUGGCUCAGAAAUCAUAUUGUGCACUAUAGUUUAUUGUACUGUGAAGUUUAAAGGGAAGUGCAAAGGCUAUUCAAUAAAAAGAACACCAUACAGACAAAUCAAUUUAACGGAAAUGUUCCAGACAUGGGUGCACGAUCAGAGUAGAGCUGUGUAGCCAGAGGGAAAGAAAACAGUCUGUUUCCUCUUCGCUCUCUUCCCCGCUACACAUUAUUUCUCCUCAUCUCCCUCUAGCACUUGGUUUCUCGCUCUCCCUCUCUGUUAGGCAGACUAGCGAUAGAGCCUACCUGACCCAUCUGUGAACAUGUACCUGGUUCAAAUUCUCCACAUCUGGUAUUUCACCAGGCUAGAGUGAUGCUCGUCCCACCCACCCACUUUAGAGACUGAGUAUAAAGCCAAGAGUAUCUACGACAACAAACUCACUAUCCAGUCUUCUUCCAGUUUCUUUGUCUUCUUUAAUCCAAACUGCAGUUUUUUAGCAUCCUUGGCAAAUCGAUACGUAGUUCACACUCAACAUUUAAUAACUUCUGUCUUCUCUGAUUCUAUAAAGUGGUCAUUUUUUAUUUGCUGACCUGGAGGGUUUCUGCUGUUUUCCCAGAAUGCCACAGUGUGCAUCACUGUGGAAUCUCCUCUUACUGCUGCUCCACCCCAUACGCUUUAUAGGAGCUCUGCCUCUCACUUCCUCCUGAUUCACUGAUACGUAUUAGUCCUCCAAUUACCAAGGAAAUGGCAACUAGACCACCAAGUAGACUACGUUAAGGAGCUCAUCAUUUUGUUCAAUGUAAAUUAUUUUUGAUGUUAUUGUGAGCGACCUCUGGCACACAUUAAAACAUUUUGUCUGUAUUUAACCUAAUGUUAAUUUAGAAACGUUUAUUUCCUCUCUCGUUUUAUUUCUGCACGAUGUGAACUGUGUGCGUGUCCGUCGAGGCCACGUGCAUACUGAUGGCGUGAAGGGCGGGAGCCCUCAGUGGUUUUGGGAGAUGAUUGGGUAGUGGUUGUGGCGCUAUAUACCUGCUGCUGCUUCGGAUAGACUGAGACCAGAGGGCAUAGACCCUAAUGGACCAGCUGACUGGGUCUCCACACUGCAGGGCCCAGCAGAGCUCCUCUGGGCUUCUAAUGCUGCCUGCCAUAAGCUGUUCACAGUAGGAAUGCCAAUAAAAUAAUUUGUUUCUUUGUUUUGAGGUUUAAAUCUUGUGUGAACAUAGUUAAGGUGAUUUUAGAAUGAAAUUAAAAUAUUUUUUUUCAUAACUGCAGUAUUUUGUCAUUGUAAAUUAAAUAUUUUGAAUCCCCACUUUACCA